UAUGAUGCGUCGCUUGAGAAAACCAUUAAUGAGUUUAAAAUAGAUUGGUAUCGUUAUAUGGGUGCAAGCGAAGAUGACAUUGGUGUAUUCGAGUUGAAGGCAACUGAAUGGUAUGUUAAAACUAAUGACGGUUUGGCAGCCUUUUCACAGGCGUAUAUGACAUUAAGUG